GCACCGCCCGCAUGCCGCGCGAGUGCUGGUUCCUGCCCACCGCGCUGCUGUGCGCCUACGGCUUCUUCGCCAGCCUGCGGCCGUCCGAGCCCUUCCUGACGCCCUACCUGCUGGGGCCGAGAAAGAACCUGACCGAGCGGCAGGUUUUCAAUGAAAUUUAUCCAGUAUGGACUUACUCUUACCUGGUGCUGCUGUUUCCUGUGUUCCUCGCCACAGACUACCUCCGUUAUAAACCUGUUGUUCUGCUGCAGGGACUCAGCCUUAUUGUUACGUGGUUCAUGCUGCUCUACGCCCAGGGACUGCUGGCCAUUCAGUUCCUGGAAUUCUUCUAUGGCAUCGCCACAGCCACUGAAAUUGCCUAUUAUUCUUACAUCUACAGCGUCGUAGACCUGGGCAUGUACCAGAAGGUCACAAGUUACUGUCGAAGCGCCACAUUAGUGGGCUUCACAGUGGGCUCUGUCCUAGGACAAAUCCUUGUCUCGGUGGCAGGAUGGUCCCUGUUCAGCCUGAAUGUCGUCUCUCUCACCUGUGUUUCUGUGGCUUUUGCUGUGGCCUGGUUUCUGCCUAUGCCACAGAAGAGCCUCUUCUUUCACCACGUUCCUUCACCCUGCCAGGGAGUAAAUGGCAUCAAGGAACCCAAGCCAGACCGUCUCCUUGGGUUGAAGGUGCUGUGGAAUGACUUCCUGAUAUGCUACUCCUCCCGUCCCCUGCUCUGCUGGUCCGUGUGGUGGGCCCUUUCCACCUGCGGCUAUUUCCAAGUCAUCAACUACAUCCAGGGCCUUUGGGAGACGGUGAUGCCUUCUCGCCAUGCUGCUGUCUACAAUGGUGGGGUGGAGGCCGUUUCGACCUUACUGGGUGCUAUCGCUGUGUUUGCGAUUGGUUACGUAAAAAUAUCCUGGUCAACUUGGGGAGAGACAACGUUAUCCCUGUGCUCUCUCCUGAUUGCUGCUGCGGUGUAUGUCAUGGACACUGUGGGUAACAUUUGGGCGUGCUAUACAUCCUAUGUCAUCUUCAGAAUCAUCUACAUGUUACUCAUCACAAUAGCAACGUUUCAGAUUGCUGCAAACCUCAGCAUGGAACGCUAUGCCCUGGUGUUUGGUGUAAAUACCUUCAUUGCCCUGGCACUGCAGACUGUGCUCACUCUGAUUGUAGUGGAUGCCAGUGGCCUUGGUUUAGAUAUCACCACUCAAUUCCUGAUCUACGCCAGUUAUUUUGCACUCAUUGCUAUGAUUUUCCUGAUUGGUGGUGUGGUCAGUGUUGUGAAGAAAUAUAGGAAGAAGGAAGAUCCAGAGUCAAGUUCUCAAGCAACUACUUCAUAAGACCCUGAAGAGCUGCUUCUUAGAGAAAAAAACUCUGCACAGCAACUGCCUGGAUGUAUUUAAUAUUUUUAAGGUUCAGACAAAUAUUUAUGAAUGUGCAUUUCAUGGCUUCAAAGCAGCUGCUCAACGAAUCCCUUGCAUUCCUGGGGUAUCAUGAUACUCUCUGAGACAUGCCAGAAGUGAAGUUUCUUUCAUGGAUUAUUUAUGAGAGCUAAUUCAAGGAUGACUUGUUUCAGAUUCACUAGUGAACUUGAUUUUGAAAGCCAAGCAAAAUGUACCAAUAAACUCAAUUAAAAAAAAAAAAAAGAAAAGAAAACCAAGUAAUCAUGAGCAAUCAAGCAGCACACAGUGUGGUAUACCUGAUGAAUGAGCGAGUUUGAUGUUUUGUAGGUCACAUGUGUCUAUAUCCACUUGGCCAGACUCUUGGCCUGGUGGGACCAGGGCUUCACAGAGGCUGUAGAAAUAUGAUAGAAAUAUGCUCUAUCAGCACCUGCAUCUGUUGACCUUCAUCCUGAUUUCUGUGUUACUCAUGCAUUUGUUUCUACAGAUGAAUGCUGUUCCUGUGACUGACAGUAUUUGCUGUGAUCUAAUGUCUGUUCUAUAAGGAGUAUGUGUCAUUUCUAAUUUUAAGUUAUUUUUAGAAAAUUUGUUGUAUGAAUGUUCUUGGUCCCCAUCUUUACCAUUAUGUAUUGUGUAAACUUUCUGUAGAAGUACAUUUUUGCAUAAUUCAUAUGCUUCCCAGAGAAGCUCACUUAGUAAGAAAAGAAGGCACAUUUUAAAGCCUGCUUAUAAUCCAAAUGAAGAGACCUAACCAGAAAACUUAGGUUUGCUUGUCUAUAAUACUUCGGUAUGAAGGACUGUUACUUCUAUGAAAAAUCAUACAUGGGCUACAGAUACAACUAUCCCAUUUUGUAUUUGUAUUCCCUUUUAUUUCCAAAAUGAAAUGAAAAUGCCUUUUUCUUUAAAAUAAUCUCAUUCCCAUUUGUAGCUUUUAUAUUAUUUUAAUUUUCUUAUUCAAGAUAAAGAUGUGAGUAGGAGUUGGAUUAUUCCAAAGCCUUUUUCAUAAACUGAGCCUCUUUCUAAUUAUUUCAGUGGGGUCUCUGAUUCCUCUAAUUUUGAAUCUUAAAUCUGCUCUUGUUUCUAAGGAUGGAUCAUCUUGAAUAUUUGCUUAAUUAAAAGUUGCUGGCACGGGCCAGGGAUUUAGCUCAAUGGUUCUGCCACCUACCUGGUGAGCUCAAGGACCUGAGUUCAAUCACCAGUACAAAAAACAAGUUGCUAGCAAAUCCAUUUCCACAUUAACUUGAAAAAAAUACUGUUCUAUAUGCAUUUAUUCUGCGAUCAGUCUACCAAGGGAUUGCUAAUAUUUGUGAGACGUGAAAACUAUUUCAGAGCCAACUUUGUGGCCUUAUUGUAAAAAGUAUGUAGGUAGGUGCUUUUAACUGGGGUGUUGACUUUUUUUAGAAUGACACCUAAACAAUGGUAAUAAUAGUGUCAAGAUUGCAAAUUGACAUAUUCAUUUGGUUUAAUCAGGGAUCCUAGAAGCAAAAUAGGUGAUAAUAAGACUAGGUCAUUCCCAUUCAUUUUCCUUAAUAGUUAAGGGAAAGGAAGGGAACACUAGCUGAGGAAAGGAAGAAGUAUGUCAUAAAAA